CAUAACAUUUAGCCGCCAGCAAACACAAACCAAUAAAUACGCGGUAGAGCGACUUGAUCAUAACAUAGACAUUGUUAAAGCCGAACUGUAAUGCGGUGUGAAAAUGGCUGGAUUCGUGUUUUUGUGUUGUGGGUGCUCUCCAAUGGAAUAGCAUUCGCAAAACCUGAUAAAGACGAUCGGAUAUUGAUUCUGGGGGCUGGUAUGUCCGGUAUUUCGGCUGCCAAAACUCUACAUGAAAAUGGCUAUCGGAACUUCCGGAUCCUGGAGGCGGCGGACCGUGUGGGUGGGCGAAUCAAAGAAGCCACCUUAGGCGAGCACACGGUCGAACUUGGCGCAAUGUGGAUCUACGGAAAGGGCUCGAACCCUAUCUACGAUAUGGCGGUCCGGUACAACAUAAGCCUGGCUGAGAGUUUCGUCGACGACUGGACGGUACGCGACGAAAACGGCACGGACGUUACGUCAGAGGCCGAUGUCGCUCUGAAUCACUUCGGUAACGUGCUGGAACGGUUUAACGAUUACGCGGAAAUUAAUCACAUCGCGAAGGGGCACGAUUUCAACGUGCAGACUGGACUACGGCAUUUCAACUGGCGCCCGGCUUCGCCCGUCGAGGACUGCGUGGAAACCUUCGUUUUAGACUUCGAGACGGGAUUGACGCCGACAGGGCUGUCCGGAUCGCAUCUGAAUAUGAAGAGGACGUACGCCGAAUUCGGCAACUCCCAAAUGAUCGCCGUGAAACACCCGAGUGGCUUCUCAACCAUAGUUCGCAAAAUGUGCGAGGAGUUUCUCGGGAAAUCUGACGAUCGUCUCGUGUUGAACAAAACUGUGAUAAGAAUUAACCAUGGCGACAAAGGCGUGAGCGUCCUCACGGCCGAUGGCGACGUUUACACCGCCGACUACGCUAUUGUGACCUUCAGUCUGGGCGUCUUGCAGCAGAGGAUGGUGAAAUUCAGCCCGCCUCUCCCAGACGACAAAUUGCUGGCAAUCGACAAAUUUGGUAUCGCGAGGUAUACGCACAUAUACGUGAAGUUUAGAGAUGCUUUUUGGGACUCCUCGAUGUUCAUUGUGUUCGCCUCAAAGCUUCGUGGACGCUUCAGCUGCUGGCAAAACUUGAACACUAUAUAUCCCGGAAGUAAUAUUCUGCAACUCUCUUUGUUCGACGAUGAUUCCCGUUGGGUGGAAAUGUCAACGGACCAAGAGGUCAUUGCGGAAGUGACACGCACUCUCAGGACUAUGUACCCGGCCACGAAAGACCCGGAACUCGUAGGCUUUCAUAUCUCCCGCUGGAACUCGAACCCGCUGUUCAUGGGCGCUUUCAGCUACUGGCCGACCGCUUUCACUAACGGAGACAUGAAGACCCUUCAGAAACCGAACGGUCGAAUCCAUUUCGCCGGAGAGUACUUGCACCCGAUUCACUAUGGAUUCGCCCAUUCCGCGUUCCUAACGGGCAAACGGACCGCUCACGAAAUCAUGAGAGUCAUAGAUCACAUCGAGACGGAUAUAAAUGACAUUGAUCCUAAUUUUGGAAAUGACUUUUUCGAUGAGGGUCAGGAUAAUGUGAAUUUCCAUGGUCAACAGCUUCUUUUUUACGGUCUUGCUUGUAUGUUGCUGUUUGGCAAAGUUGUCCUUAGCCACAAGGUUUAUUCCAUGAUCUUCUACGUGACCCUGUCCUGUGUUUUAGGGGCCGUUUAGAUGUUUCUCUCAGGGAUCAAUACCGAUAAUCAUGCAUCCGUUUUGUUUUAAAAGUUAGUUGAUGGAUGAUUUACAUUUUCCAUUCAUAAAUACGCAUUAACAACCAUGAACCACUGCAGACAAUUUGCAAAUCCUGCAUGAUUUUUAAAGAAUUUUUAAGAUUAAGUAUGAGCGUGCCUAUUUAUAGCAUUAAGCUGCCUUAUGUUAAUAACAAUAUAUACAACAUUGCACUUCCAAUAUUAGAUAGAAAAAAAUGUAUAUUUUGCCUGCCAAAAUUCACAUUUUGAUAAAUGUAUCGGUCCAAAAGCCAUCAAAUUUGAUCUCCGUCGUUUGUUUUGUAUAAUUUGAUUUUUUUUAAUGUUUUACACCAGGACGAUUAACAGUUAUAGUUACUAGUUAUACAUAAACUGUCAUACAUGUACAAACUACGAAUAUAUAAAUAUACUUUCUGCAUUAGAUGAUCGAUACAUGUUUUAUUUAGAGUUGCAAAUUUUUAAGCAGAACAUAUUAGUUUGUAUAAAUAUAUUAAAUGAUGAAAAUAUGGUUAUUUUAUUAUUUUGCGUUGCAUCUUGCAUUAUUUAGAGUAACAAUUUUUAAAGCAGAACAUGUAAUUUUGUAUAAAUAUAUAAUAAAUGUUUACAAUCUGA